AUGGCCCUGUGGACGCGCCUCCUGCCCCUGCUCGCUCUGCUGGCCCUCUGGACGCCGGCCCCGACCCACGCCUUCGUCAACCAGCACCUGUGCGGCUCCCACCUGGUGGAGGCGCUGUACCUGGUGUGCGGGGAGCGAGGCUUCUUCUACACGCCCAAGGCCCGCCGGGAGGCGGAGGACCCUCAGGCGAGGGACGUGGAGCUGGGGGGCGCACCCAGCGCGGGCGGCCUGCAGCCUCCGGCCCCGGGGGGGCCCCUGCGGAAGCGGGGCAUCGUGGAGCAGUGCUGCACCAGCAUCUGCUCCCUGUACCAGCUGGAGAAUUACUGCAACUAG